UACAGUGAUGUGGCCCUUUCGGGGCGAGAUCUCGUGCGCGGCGUAUAAAUGGGACCAAAUUGGCUCAUAAAUAUUUUACAUGCGGUGAUUGUGACGGAAAAUUGCCUCGACGGAUGAAUGCCCCUCGCAUGUCUUUCAAGGCAGAGUUUGUUUAGCCUGGAGGGACGGUCGAUAAGGCUGUGGACUCGCGCAUGAUUGUACCUGUUGCCCGUGGUCCACGGGGAUGCUGAACGGAUACCGACCUCAUUAUCGUAUACAUACAUAGCGAUUAGGAUAAUUAGUGCGGGCUGUGAUGUGGGACGAGACAACGCACACAAUUUUCACGACAAACUAUCUAAUUUAGACACUACAUACACUGCUUCAGAGCGACAUUCCGCCUUUGGAAAAACAGAACAUGCAUCAAAGAGCCUUUUUGGGCAGCGGUUGGGCUCGAGGCGGUGCAUCUGAAGUAGUCCGGCGGGCACAUCCUGCAUCCGGAGCACAAUGGAACGUUCAAGUGGUCAGAGGUAAAGUGAACGGGAAAUGUCUCUGGAAUGCUUGCAAGGCGUUGAGUCUUGGCUUACUUUUAAUGGUUUUAGGAGCAGCGAUGGCCACAAUAGGCUACUAUGCAGAUCAUCUUUCUAUUGCUCAGGAAGUAAGAGGAAAUCAUACAGUACGAGUUAAAAAUGAAUCAAGAGGUUUUCAUUUAAAUAACCUCUCUUAUGCAGGCCCUAUAAUCAUGGGAGUAGGAGUCCAAUUUAUUAUUGAAGAAAGUGUAGCAAAAACAUGUAAUGGUGCUGUGAGCAAAAAAAGCAAGGGUUCUAUAAACAAAAGUCCUUCAGCCCCGAACCUAGUAUUGGAACAUCCUGUAGAUAGCCACACACGAUCUUCUCCAAUUUUCAGUCGCUACGGAACUGAAAAAGCGAGUUCGAAAAGUUCUCGACGAACAUUCGCGAAUUGCGCGUUGUUAAACCCAAGUCUUUUGCACAGACAUGCUUUAUCGGUGGACGAAACCGCCGCUGGAAAUUAUAGAUUAAGUCACGAGUCCCUCCAAGGAAGUGGUAGUCAAGGUUCGCUAGCACUAGAUCUCCACCUGGAGUGUCCUGUCACAUUGCGAAUUCACGAUAAACGCAGAAAUCCUCUGAUACGGCAGAGACGAGUUGAUGAAGAUGAGCGUCAGGGUUACGACGAUAGUUCUCGAAGGAGCUCCCAUUCGUGUUCGCCCAGAAUCCCAAUGCACAUAAAAGAUAUAAAAAGUGAAGUGAAAUUAGGUGGGAGUGGUGGCUCGUCUCAUCAGCUGCCAGUUCAUGUCCCCUACACGAUUUCCCGUCGACGAAGCUCCAACGCGUCGGAUUCCACACAUCGAUCCAGGGCCAAAAGAAGGGAAUAUCCCCAUUCGCGCGGAAAAUUAGAAAGAGCAAUAAGUUCAGAUUCAAGACUGAUGGGCGCCAUCCCGAGAACUCAUCGACAUUACUCUCCCACUCAAGGUUCGUCAAUUGAACAGGAACCGGGAGGGUCUUGCUCUGACACUGACAUUCGUAAAGCUCAUGUUGUUCACUUUUGUCACUAAAUCUUUAGGAAAAUCUUAUCGUAAUUAAGCUAUUAUCUGAAUACGAAGACUUAAAAUACGUACCGCAGAGUUUAAGAAAAUUAUACGAAUCACAGUUGUUCAUUCUUGAAUUUACUCUAAUAUAUUUUUUAUAAUAGAACAAAAUAUUUCGAGCACGCAUGACUGAAUAAAUCAAAUAAGUAAAUAGAAGUUAAAUUAAAAUUGUCGUUUUUCAUUAACAUAAAGCCGUCCGCGGGCAGUUGCGGUCUGAAAAAUGUAUAGACAAUAAAAUAUCUCAAAUACGAGUAUAUACAUAGUGUUGGUUUAGUAGCAAAUUCAGUUUUACUUAUCCUAGGCAAUCCAGGCAAUUUACCGUUUAAUUUUAAACGAAAAAAUUUGUACCUAAAAAUUCUAAAGCUUACGAAUAAUAAAAAUGUGACAACCUUGAUCUAUGCUAUGCCUAAUCUAAAUAAUAAUUAAACAACUAUACAUUUUUGAAUUAACAAAAAUACAAUUUUUUAUACAAAGUAAAUCGAAUAAAACGAUUUUACUAACGUGAUAAACUUUAAAAACAACUAGUAAUACAUUCAUCAUUUAUAACUUGAUGCAUAAAAGUUAAUAAAUUAUCCUUGUCCUUGAAAAGAAGGUCGUUCAUAAAUUGAGAAAUUGAUGUAUUAUCACAAAUUAAUUAUAAAAUUGACAAUUAACAUUCCACCAAUGAUGUCUAAAAAAUAUGAUUAAAUAAAAUCUAAUAAAUUGUGGAACAUUGUGUGUUAGGUGUAUUUAAAGUUGGGUUUACACAGAGUAAAAAAUUAUAAAAUAUCUUCAAAAAUUUAUAAACAAGAUAACCAAACAUAGCCAAACAUUUUCCCUAAUACAGAAACCUUUUUUUUAAUUUGCAUUGUAAUUUAUCAACACUAUUUUAAGUAUUCCUCAUGUUUGUAUUAAAAUAAAAAAGUUUUAUACAGGGUGUUUCACACAACUUUACGGGACUUGCGCCUAAUGUACGCACCCAAAUAUACAAAAGUCACAAAACACUGGAUAA